GCGCCCAGCCCCGGCCCCGGUAGUUCGCUGGCACCGGCUGGCGCUCGCCCGGCUCGCCCGCGUCCGCGCUCGCUGCACGCGCUGCAGCCAUGUGUCCCCGAGCCCUGCGAGCGCCCGCGCUGCUCCUCCUCGCGCUGGGCGCGUCGCUGUGGGCCGCGGCCGGCGCCUGGGAGCUCACGAUCCUGCACACCAACGACGUGCACAGCCGGCUGGAGCAGACCAGCGAGGACUCGAGCAAGUGCGUCAAUGCCAGCCGCUGUGUGGGCGGCGUGGCUCGGCUCUUCACCAAGGUGCAGCAGAUCCGCCACGCCGAGCGCAACGUGCUGCUGCUGGACGCCGGGGACCAGUACCAGGGCACCAUCUGGUUCACCGUGUACAAGGGCACCGAGGUGGCGCACUUCAUGAACGCCUUGCGCUACGAUGCCAUGGCAUUAGGAAAUCAUGAAUUUGAUAAUGGUGUAGAAGGACUGAUUGAUCCACUCCUCAAAGAGGUCAAGUUUCCAAUUCUGAGUGCAAACAUUAAAGCAAAGGGGCCGCUAGCAUCUCAAAUAUCAGGACUUUACUUGCCGUACAAAAUUCUUUCUGUUGGUGAUGAAGUUGUGGGAAUUGUUGGAUACACCUCAAAAGAGACCCCUUUUCUCUCAAAUCCAGGAACCAACUUAAUAUUUGAAGAUGAAAUCACUGCAUUGCAACCUGAAGUAGAUAAACUAAAAACUCUAAAUGUGAACAAAAUUAUUGCACUGGGACACUCUGGUUUUGAAAUGGAUAAACUCAUCGCUCAGAAAGUGAAGGGUGUGGACGUCGUGGUGGGAGGACACUCCAACACGUUUCUUUACACAGGCAAUCCACCUUCCAAAGAGGUGCCUGCUGGGAAGUACCCAUUCAUAGUCACCUCCGACGAUGGGCGGAAAGUUCCUGUGGUCCAGGCCUAUGCUUUUGGCAAAUAUCUAGGCUAUUUGAAGAUAGAGUUUGAUGAAAAAGGAGAUGUUGUCUCUUCACAUGGAAAUCCCAUUCUUCUAAACAGCAGCAUUCCUGAAGAUCCAAGCAUAAAAGCAGACAUUAACAAAUGGAGGAUAAAAUUAGAUAAUUAUUCCACCCAGGAACUGGGGAAAACCAUUGUCUAUCUGGAUGGCUCCACCCAAUCGUGCCGCUUUAAAGAAUGCAACAUGGGCAACCUGAUUUGUGAUGCUAUGAUUUACAACAACCUUAGACACGCAGAUGAGAUGUUCUGGAACCAUGUGUCCAUGUGCAUUUUAAAUGGAGGUGGCAUCCGUUCGCCCAUUGACGAGCAGAACAAUGGCACGAUUACCUGGGAGAACCUGGCUGCUGUGUUGCCCUUUGGAGGCACAUUUGACCUAGUCCAAUUAAAAGGCUCCACCCUGAAGAAGGCCUUUGAGCAUAGCGUGCACCGCUAUGGCCAGUCCACUGGAGAGUUCCUGCAGGUGGGCGGAAUCCAAGUGGUGUAUGAUCUUUCCCGAAAACCUGGGGACAGAGUAGUCAAAUUAGAUGUGCUUUGCACCAAGUGUCGAGUGCCCAGUUACAGCCCUCUUAAAAUGGAUGAGGUAUAUAAGGUGAUCCUCCCGAACUUCCUGGCCAAUGGUGGAGAUGGAUUCCAGAUGAUAAAAGAAGAAUUAUUAAAACAUGACUCUGGUGACCAAGAUAUCAACGUGGUUUCUACAUACAUCUCAAACAUGAAAGUAAUUUAUCCAGCAGUUGAAGGUCGGAUCAAGUUUUCUGCAGGAAGUCAUUGCCAUGGAAGCUUCUCUUUAUUAUUUUUUUCAUUUUUGGCAGUGAUCCUUGUUGUAUACCAGUAGCCAAAAAUUCUCCGUGC